UAAUUGCACUCCGCGCUCUUCGUCUAUGUGCUCUGGACUCUGUACUCACUGUACUUUUGAGUACCUUUUCUGGGAAUCCUCGACGCCCGACAGUCAGACUUCUGGUACAGCCAAACACACCACCAUGAACACAAUCCUGCCUCUCCUGAUUUUGGGCCUGGGUAGUGUUCUUCACCUCACUCACUCCCAAAGCUGCAGUGACAGUGAAACCUUAGCAAGCAAUGACACAAAGACCAUUAGUACAACUGAAAUAGUUGACGACUAUGGAACAAGGAUGUCAAUCGAGGUGGACAAACUAUAUCCCUGCGAAGACUUCCAGGCAGUGAUACUUGAGACGGAAUAUACUAAUGGAGAGGUUGAGACUGUCUCAUUUCCAGCAAAUGGCAAAUGCUGGGAGAAGAAAACUAAUGGGAAGAAGUUGAAAGGAGAAGUGGUUAUAACAGCAAACUACUUUAAUUUCUCCAUCAUAGUUGACGGGUGCCUUAUAAACGUUACUAAAAAGAAGAAGAUUACGGAGCUAACACGUUUUACCAUAGUGGGUAACGGCCAUUCACAUUGGUGCCUAGGAAUGAAAGAUCCUCCUGAUGACCAGGAGCCUCAAUCAAAAUUGUUCACAUGCGACCGUACUCCCAUGAUUUCCCACACAUCUUCUAGUGGAUCGAGUGUCAAUGCGCUUCUCGUUGUGGGAUGGGUGAUGGGAGGGUUAUUGGUGGUGGGUACGGUGGUGGUAAUAUUUCUAGUAGUGUGGUGCGUGUGCAGGAGGUCACCACCAUCACCGGUGGUGCAGUGGAGGAGAACCAUGGGUGAGCAGCCAGUUCUCUACAGCCACAGCAGCGAAAACAAUCACGAAGAGAGCGCUGCUGCCGCUUCACCUGAGGCCUGUGUACAUAUCCCUAACUGCUUGUACGAACCUUCCAGUGCUCUGACAGCAAGCAGCGGACACAGCGACACAGGGUGAAUCUAUAUAUGUUGUAGACAAAAAAGUGAUUGCAUAUGAUAAGCAUGUUCAGAAAUUGGUUUGGAAUAAUAUUUUGCUUGCUAGUGAAGAGAUAAGUGGAUGAGCUCGAUUAACAAAAGAUUCUAGGUAAGGUGUAGACCAGAAAAACAGAGUUGGGCAAAAACAAGAAAAGCAGAGUUGGGCAAAAACAAUCAUAAAUCCGCUCCUUUGCUCCUCCGCUUUGAGCGGACUUCCAUAUCGCGAGAGGAAGAGUGUGAGUGCAAAAAAAAAAAAAAAAAAAAGCAGAGCAGAAGAGCGGAAUGCGGACUCCUUGAAAUCAUAGUCCUCUCUUUCGCUUGUGCUCUUUUUUUUUUAUCAUUCUUCGCUUGUGCAAUGUACUCUUCCUCUCACAUUCUUUUUCUCAUUUUCCUCUCACACCUCUGCUCGCGCUCGCUCUGUCCGCUUGCGCUUACUCUUUUCACUCUUGCUCAGACGUUCCACGUGCGCUUGUGCUCUCUGAUCUUCAUCUUCGCUCUCCGUUCAUGCUCGUGCUCUCUGCUCUCCACCCAUGCUCUCCGCUCGUUUUGCACUUCAAAAUAUCAUAUAUUAAUGUUAUAUCAACUAUAUCAUAUUCAUUUGCCUCAUAUGAUGAUCUCAAUCCAUUUGGCAAAAAAUUCCUCGUUAAUGUUAUCAUGAAAUAGUUCGAGAUUACUGAUUAGAAGGAAUACCCCUAAAUUUCACUGAUAAGUAUUGUAGAAAAAGAACUUUUAGUGGCAGACUUGUUUAAAUAUAUCAAAGAAAAUAGGUAACGCUGUGCCAAUUUGACCUGAUACAAUCCUAUAGUGAUCCACUCCUUUAAUUUACUCCUUCAUUGAUAAUUAUUGUUUGAAAUAACAAUAUAUAUAUAUAUAUAUAUAUAUAUAUAUAUAUAUAUAUAUAUAUAUAUAUAUAUAUAUGGAGAAUGAGCAAGAGCGAAGAUGGAGAGCUUGAGCGGAGAGCGCUAGUGGAAAACACAAAUGGGGAGUGCAAGCUGAGAGUGCAAGCUUGAGCGCAUGUGCGAGUGCGAGCGGAGAGUGCAGGCGCAAGAAGUGCGACUGUGAGCGGGGAGAGCUUUGGUGACGCAUCAAACAUUAGCAGAUGAGCGCUAGCAGAAAAGUUUGGCCCGAAAAAGCAGAAGAGAGCUAGUGGAUGUUAAUUUUGAGAGUGCUUGUUCAGCUCUGUAUAAGGGAUGAGUCACAGCCUGAUAAACUUUUUCUUACCGGUUACGUUAAUUGUUGGUGAUAAAGAGAAAGGGGAUUGAGAUGGAUAAACACUGUAUCAAGGGUGGACUUAUGGAGUUUGCAUAACAAGUGUAUUACGUAUAUCAGCAGGUGUGUGUUGGCCAUGGUUUUGUGGAUAAAGAGAAUGAAAUGAUUCUUAUAACACUUAUAUAAUUUAAUAGUUAUGGAUUCUACGUAGCUUUAGUAAUAUGCUGUGAAACAAAUUUUGAAUGAAAGUUUGAGAAAUGAAACACAUGAAAAUGUAUUUCAUGCUUUACCUCAAUGUGCAGAGUUAUCUUGUUAUA